AUGUAUGGAAUUUUGAUAGAAGGACUUCAUCACUAUCUAACCGAAAAGUUCGGAGAAGAGUUCUGGUUGAAUGCCACAGAAAAUGUGAUGGGAGCACGCAAAGUAAUACAGACUCAGCAAGUCUACUCUGAAACUUUGCUCCCGCGACUGGUCACAUAUGUUGCGCAAGUUACUGGACUGCAAGAGGAAAAUGUUUAUUUUGAACUGGGUCAGUCCUUCAUUUCGUAUCUUUCAAAAGUCGGAUACGCUCGUCUGUUGCGCAUCACUGGGAGUGGAUUUCCAGAGUUCUUGAAUGAGUUGGAUGACUUACAUCAUCACCUGCAGUACACCUAUCCUCAAUUGAAACCCCCGGCAUUCGUGUUGAUCAGUCAGACAGACACAACGGUUGAUUUGGUGUACACAAGCAAACGCGAACACUAUGCUCAUUAUGUCAGAGGUCAGCUUACUAAAGUGGCAAACGUGUUCUAUGAUUUAGAUGUGAAUGUGGAACUUAUUGAACACGUAAAACAGCUGGACUCAAACCGGUUCACGCUCCGUAUCACCAAUGAAAAAGGAACGUGGCCAGGGGUGAAACAUCAACAAUUUUCAAAAGACGCUCCGGAAAACACUCCAACGCAUAUUUCCAAUGAACAAUUCUUGAACCUGUUCAACUUUUGCGUCUUGUUUGCAGAGGAUCUUAAAUUGAAACAUGUUAGCAACGGUUUCAAGCGAUUUCAUGAGGUGAAAUUGGGGAAAAAGUUGUUUGAUGUAUUCCAGCUAGACAGGCCGAAGAUCGAUGCAGUUUUUACGCAGAUAAAAAACCACAUUCACAAUACAUUUGAACUAGUGCUAGCAGCUGACACAUGCAUACGAAAAAAUGAACGCCGAAAGAAGACUCCCUCUCAAAAGUCAUACAAAUUCAAAGGUCAGAUGUUGUAUAUCGAAGAAGUGGAUAUGAUGGCAUUUAUUGGAUCACCUGUGCUCAGUGACGUGAAAAAGCUGAAUGAAUGCGGAAUGUACAUAAGUGAUUUGAAUCUCUUCGAUCAGAAUCGUGAAAUCAUAUUGGCCGGUGAUCAACGGUCAGAAGAUGUCAUGAACAUGUUGAAAAAGGUGGAAACGGUUGGUGACAGUUACAUGUUCGUAUCUGGCGCACCACUUCGUACGCAGCUACAUGCUGCGCACAUCACAGAAACGGCGCUGGAUAUGCUUAAGAUGACGCAUCAAGGACUAUGCUGGCCCGAUCCGAUGGAAAUUCACAUUGGUGCGAAAGGUGCGACAAAUCGCAUUCAGCUAUUAGUCGGCUGCAACACAGGACCCAUUGUAGCCGGCGUGGUAGGCUUCAAGACACCGCGCUAUUGCUUGUUCGGGGAUACAGUGAACGUGGCCAGUAGGAUGGUUAGCACGGGCUUGCCAGAUAAAAUCCACGUCAGUGCUUCCUUUGCCGAGGCUUUGGCUCCCUAUCCGUACAUGCUGGAAGAACGUGGCCCCAUUGUCAUCAAGGGAAAAGGAGAGCUGACUACAUUUUUCGUGCUUGGGCGGGACCAACAAUAUUCAGUAGUCGACUUGCCUGGCCGGGCGCAAACGUUUGAGCAAGCUCUGAAGGAGGAUUUUGAACAAAAAGAACAAUCCUCUGACGAGACGUCUGUAUCACAAGAUUCAGAAGCUGUGGGGUGGUCAGGAGUAUCGGAGGGUGAUGAAGUUGUUGAGUCUUCAACUGUCACUCAAGAACUCCAGGAUACUAACAAAGCGAAGGCAAUAAGUUCAAUCAGGCUGCAAGUCCCCACAUUUAAAAUAAGAAGACCAAAGGAGACGAACCACUACGUAGAGGGAUUAUCUAAUAUACAUUGUGAAAUCCCUCAAUACGUAAACAUUGGUUGCAGCCAGAACGAUGUUGCGGAAACACGCAGUGAAGAUAAAUUAGGAAUCACUUCAUCAUACAGCAAAAGCGAACCUGUCCUAACCGAAGCUUCACAGGACAUCGGAAGUCACUUGAUGACCAGAAAGUUAAAGAACGAGAUUCAAGAAGGUCUCUCUACACAACCUAACGUUGAUUUACCGAGAGAUAAGAAUGGGGUUACUCAAAGAAUCCUGUGUGAGGCUGAGUAUAUUCAAAGCCGUGGUCCUCUUGAUACGAGCGAAAUAACCUUUCCAUCGGGACAACUGAAAGUGUCAACAACCGAGAUUACAAGUGAUGUGGAGACUUCUGGAGGCGUAACAAACGAAUCCAAAACUGAGAUGCGAUCGCUUGCAAUGUCAAAAAAGAUGGAAGAUACAGACCGACAGGUCAGUGUUGUGGUACUUUCCAGAUUCAUCAGUGAGCCAAGGUAUGAGAAGAGACCCGGUAUUCCUUAA